AUGAUAGCUAAAGACCAGUUGCCUUUUCAUCACGUUGAAAAACAAGGUUUCAAAAACUUAGUUAAGUUCUUAGAACCUCGUUACACCAUACCUGAUCGGACAACAUUUUCAAGAAAUAUUAUUCCUAAAUUGUAUUUGAAGGUAUCUCAGAAAAUUUGUGAAAUCAUAAAAAAUAUGGAGUUUGCAUCAUUUACAACGGAUCUAUGGUCUUCAAACAAUAAUACAGAUUAUCUGUCAUUAACUUGCCACUUUAUAGACAACUCAGACAACAAUUUUAUCAGAGAGAAUAUAUUAUUAGAAGUCAUUCCUUUUAAGCCCAUGUAUCAUCUGGGUGAAGAUAUUUAUACAUUUACUAUUGAAACAUUGGAAAAGUGGGGAAUUAAAGAAAAACAAAUCCAUGUUUUUUUACGAUACAACACUCCAAAUAUGGUGAAGGCUUUUAGUAACAGAGAUUUCUUUAGUUUUGGCUGUUUUUCUCAUUCACUUCAACUGGUAAUAACUGAUGUGUUAUGGAAGCAAAAAAAUCAUGAAGAAUUAUUAAAAAAAGUUAGACAAAUAGUUGGCCAUUUUAAGCAUAGCAUUUCAGCUAACAAAUUACUUAAUAACUAUCAAAAACAAGAAAAAUUGCCUGAACGAAUAUUUAUUCAAGAUGUUACAACCCGCUGGAACAGUACUUAUCUUAUGAUUACUAGGUUUCUAGAGAAAAAAGUCUGUCAUUGGUUUAGCUCCUUACAUACAUCUGAAAGUAAGUUUGACUAG